GCACCCAGCUCUGAUUAUGCCCAUCAUAUGAUGGACGAAAGCUCAGCACAUUUUCACCCGAAACGAGGCAGGAAGUGCCGUGGACUGCGUCAACAUGAAUAUCGUAUGAAAUCCAACCGGCUGCAAUACAACGAGAUUCAUCCAUCCUCAUCUGAUGGUGAUUCCGGCACACGUCACUUCAGCCCCAUCAGAACCCCGUCAACUCGGCUACUUCGCUCCCCCGUCAGUCCUCCAGUCCGACCGCAUCAUCACCAUCAUCACUAUUCAGCUGCUCACGUACACGCCGUCAAUUCCCGGGGUCCCUUGAGGCAGAUCGGCGGUGCUUUCACCCCGUCAGGAGGGGGAGCCCCUCCUCUGGGACAGCCGGGUUACACAGGCCGGGUCCACCGUCAGCCUCAAAUGUUCGUCCAGCAGCACCAAGCACAGCCCGGACACCCACCCGAGACUCCGGGCGGCCCUGCACAUGCCUAUCCUGGGCACGCAGUCUACGGGCCCAGGACCACUUCGGGCUAUGCUCCUCCGGCCAUGCAGCAUCUCGCACGUGGGCUUCGCGAUUCCGGCAGUCUGUCGGAUACGGGCAUGGCAUAUGGUGCCUACGAACGAGACAGAGACGCUCUGGGACACCGAGAGGUGACCAAGGCGCAGCAGCCAAGACACAUGGCAACUGGAUACCGUGGGGCCUCAUUUCGUGACCAAUUCUAUACCCCUGGUCAUCCAAGCGAUCGUCCCUUCGGGCAGCACUACUUGCUGUCGGGACAGCCGGCUGUGGCCAGCUUUGAUGAAAGCCUAAUGCCCGCGUCUUCAGCGCCUCUGGGAGCCACCGGAUCUGUUGAGCUCAGGCUGCCACCCUGUGCAUAUGGGCCCCUCGAACGGGUUCCGGAGCAAGUAUUGGUCACGCUGAUCAGAAUAUUUGCAUCCGCCACCAUCUGGUUUCGGCCUGAUCUAUCACGUAGUCAAAAUCUCCAUUCAACCACGCAUUUGGCAGGACUCACAGAUUCAUGUGUUUCCUCGAGUCAGCUGUAG